UCGGCGCACGCUUCUAGCUUGUAUGCAGCAAACCGAAACAGGCGGCUGAGUAGGUCGCCUUUAAAAAGUAUCACAUCGCACACACGGUGAAGUAAGUAGAGAGAAAAAGAAAAAGCUGAUGUUUACUGGAACAUCUCAAUGGAUGUGAAACAGGAGAACUGUGAUGUGGACAGAAAUAUUAUGGAUAUUAAGGAGGUGGACUGUGAGUUGGAGUCCAUCUACCUUAAACAGGAAAGUCUGAGCAUCAAGGAGGAGAGCAGUGAACUGCGGGCAGUGGGCAUUAAAGAAGAUGAAGAUGAGAAGUUUGUCAGUAUUGAGAUACACAACCAUACAUAUCUGAAAAGUGUAAAAGAAGACAACCUUCAUGGUGGGUGUCAAGAUGGAUUGGUAACCAGGUUAGACUCUUCUCAAAGCAGACACUGUUCAUCUCCAGAGCCUUCUGUCAAUGUGAAGACUGAAUCAUUGCAGUCUAAACCAAACAAGAUUAGAAAAACUGCAUCUGUUAGAGUUCAGGAUAAUUGGCCACCAUCUACAAAGAAGUCUGGAAAAAGAAACAAAGAUCAGUGCAGUUUGGAAUCUGGAAAAGAAUUCUGUGGCAGGAGUGCUCAACAGAUCUACACUAGAGUUCACACGGGAGAGAAGCCAUAUUGCUGUACUGAAUGUGGUAAAAAGUUUUCACAAAUGAUCAAUCUUCAGAGUCACACUAGAGUUCACACCGGGGAGAAGCCGUAUUGCUGUACUCAAUGUGGUAAACAGUUUUCACAAAUGGGCCAUCUUCAGAGACACACUAGAGUUCACACGGGAGAGAAGCCGUAUUGCUGUAAUGAAUGUGGUAAACAGUUUUCACAAAUGAUCUGUCUUCAGAGACACACUAGACUUCACACCGGGGAGAAGCCGUAUUGCUGUUCUGAAUGUGGUAAGCAGUUUUCACGGAUGCACCAUCUUCAGAGACACACAAGUGUUCACACCGGUGAGAAGCCAUACUGCUGUAAUGAAUGUGGUAAACAGUUUUCACGUAUAAGUAAUUUGAAUGACCACACUAGAGUUCACACAGGAGAGAAGCCAUAUUGCUGUAAUGAAUGUGGUAAACAGUUUUCACAGAUGGGCAGUCUUCACAAACACAGUAGAGUUCACACCGGAGAGAAGCCUUAUUGCUGUACUGAAUGUGGUAAACAGUUUUCACAUAUGAGCAAUCUUCAAAAACAUACUAGAGUUCACACGGGAGAGAAGCCAUAUUGCUGUACUGAAUGUGGUAAACCGUUUUCAGAAAUGGGAUCUCUCCAGAGACACACUAGAGUUCACACCGGAUAGAAGCCAUAUUGCUGUAAUGAAUGUAGUAAAUAGUUUUCACAGAUGAUCAGUCUUGAGAAACACACUUGAGUUCACAACAGAAUAAAGAGGGUAGCAGUUCAAAAACCAGUCCAUAAAAACGAGCACCCUUUGGGACUCGAGAGUGAGGUUUACUCCUGUCUUGAAAGUAAGCAAACUGAACUAUUUUUGACAAAUCAAUAUGAGAGAAGCCAUAUUACUGAUUGGAAUGUGGCAAUCAAAUCUGUCAGUGGAGUUCUCUUCAGAGACGCACCGGAAUUCACACCGGAGAGAAGUACAACUGAAUUGUCCUGACUAAGCCUGGACAGUAAGCACAUGUAACUCACUGGAAUCCAUCCUACUUAGUGUUGUGUCAAAAACAAAUCAACACAGAGGACAAUCAGAAGUUUAUAUCCUUUUUCCUUUUCCAGAAACAAAAUAAAGAACAUGGCGCUUAGCUCUGUUUUCAUAACCUGUGUAUUACAUAUAAAAUUAUUUACAAUGUAUUAUACCCGUUUCAUCAGAAUAGAACUGUUUACAAUAUACAUAACCUCACAUUAAUCAUAGUUCAGCUACACUCACCUAAAGGAUUAUUAGGAACACCUGUUCAAUUUCUCAUUACUGCAAUUAUCUAAUCAA